UUUUUUUUUUUUUUUUUUCUGGAGGCAGUUUUAAAACAGGAGGACUCUGAAGAUUAACAUUUUAGGAAAAGGACUGAAACUUCGGUUGGGAAUGUCGUGGAUUCUGAAGUCCUUCCCAACACUGCUGUUCCUGGUUUACCUGCACGCCGCAGAGGACGAUGAUAUUCGAGCGGGCUGCAGCACUGCUGUCAAUGAUCUGGUCUACAUCAUGGAUGGCUCCUGGAGUGUGGGAAGUGAUGACUUUGAAACAGCCAAGCGCUGGCUGGUCAACGUCACCAGUGGCUUCGAUGUGAGUUCGCACUACUCACAGGUGGGCGUAGUACAAUACAGUGACACCCCCAGGUUGGAAAUCCCUCUAGGUCUCCACAAGACCACUCAAGAUCUCAUUAAAGCCAUUGAGGACAUCAGCUAUUUAGGUGGGAACACGCAGACGGGCCGUGCCAUCAAGUUUGCCGUGGACCACGUCUUUGCAUCUUCCCGACGAAGUGAAGUGAAGAACCGUAUUGCAGUAGUGGUGACUGAUGGUAAGUCGCAGGACGACGUCAUGGACGCUAGCGUAGAGGCACGAGCACAAGGGAUUAAAGUGUUUGCGGUGGGCGUCGGGACGGAGAUCACCACAUCAGAGCUGGUGACCAUCGCCAACAAGCCGGAGGGCGAAUACGUGCUGUACGCGGAGGACUACACCAACAUCGACCGUAUCCGUGAUGCUAUGGAACAGAAGCUGUGCGAGGAAUCUGUUUGCCCCACUCGUAUUCCUGUGGCGUCUCGUGAUGAGAAAGGCUUUGAGCUUAUAUUAGGCAUGAAGAUCCAUCAAAAAGCUAAGAAGAUUCAGGGCUCGUUGGUGUCAGAGGCAGCGUAUCUGCUAGACAAGAGCACCGACAUCACUGAAAACACAAGGGAGAUUUUUCCCGAAGGUCUUCCUCCCUCCUACGUGUUUGUGUCGACGCUGAGGCUGAAAGGGCCUUCAAGCAGGGAAAAGCUGGACCUGUGGAGGAUCCUGUCUAAAGACGGACUGGUUCAGGCGGCUGUCACACUCAACGGACUGGACAAAUCGGUCAUUUUCACGACCACAAACACGGUUAAUGAGGAACAGAUAGUUACUUUCCAUGCACAAAGCCUUGAGGCUGUUUUCGACGGAAGCUGGCACCAGCUGAAGGUUCUGGUUAAACCCAGACGUGUCACCUGUUUUCUGGAUGACCAGCAGAUCCAGGAUGAGGCUCUGGAUGCUGUGGUGCCCAUCUACAUCAACGGGAAGACUCAGAUCUCCAAACGCUCUGGCUCUGAUGCUACACUUCCUAUAGAAAUCCAGAAACUGAGGCUUUAUUGUGACCCACAGCAAAGUGAGAGAGAGACAGCAUGUGAAAUCUACUCUGUGGAUGAUGAACGGUGUCCCCUGGAUCGUGAGCCCACCAAUGAGAUUGAAGAGGCGUGCGACUGUAACGAAGGCCAGCCGGGACCGCCGGGUCCACCGGGACCUCCAGGACCUCCGGGACCGAGGGGUUUGCGUGGAGAGAAAGGAAGGGAUGGACCUCUGGGCCCAGAUGGUAAGCCUGGACCCCCAGGUUCAAGAGGAGAUCCAGGUAUACCUGGAGAGAAGGGUGAUGAGGGUCCAUCGGGGCCGAGAGGCGAUUCAGGACCUCAGGGUUUAAAAGGUGAACGAGGAGAACAAGGGUUGCCAGGGAAACCGGGGCCGCCAGGACCCAUGGGAGCAUCAAAACCAAACGUUGGUACAGUCGGAUUACCAGGAAAAAAGGGAGAGCAGGGGGAUAAAGGAGAACAAGGACCACCUGGAGAGCCCGGUCUAUUGGGUGAACCAGGACUUCCUGGAAAUGAUGGAGCAGUCGGCCCCGCUGGAGCAAAGGGAGAGAAAGGAGACGCCGGGCUGCCGGGCGCUGACGGACCACAAGGAGUUCCAGGAAUCCGUGGGCUUCCUGGUGAUGAAGGAGCGAGCGGACCGCAGGGUGCAAGAGGAGCGCCGGGACAGAAAGGACCACCUGGGCCAAGAGGAGCUCCGGGCGCGCCGGGGCCUUCGGGGCCCCCCGGAGCAGACGGACUCCGCGGCCCCAAGGGUAACACAGGAGAAAAGGGAGACGCAGGUAUUCCUGGAGCCGCAGGUCAAAAGGGUGAGCGGGGUGAGCCGGGAUUUCCAGGCCUUCAGGGUGCCAUGGGCCUGCCUGGAUUUAAAGGACACAAGGGAGAGAGAGGAGAGCUCGGACCCAGAGGCAUUCAGGGUGAAAAAGGCAGCAACGGCUUCCCUGGAUUGCCUGGCUUUCCCGGCGAAGUGGGACCGAGGGGCAACAAAGGAGAGAGAGGCACGCCGGGUGAAACCGGGGUCAAAGGUCCUGACGGACAGAAGGGAGACAUGGGACACGUCGGUGUAGUCGGGCCGCGCGGAUUCCCCGGUCAGGACGGUCUGCCAGGGCUACCCGGCGCUCCGGGCUUUCCAGGGAAGCCUGGUAAGCCUCCCUCAGAGGACUACUUAAUAAAACUCUGUGGGGACAUUUUGAGAAAUCAGUUGCCGCAGCUCCUGCAGAUGAUGAGCCCUCAGCGCUGUGAACCCUGUGAGACCAUUAAAGGUCCCCCGGGACCCCCUGGAGCUCAAGGGCCUAAAGGGUCGAGCGGGCCCCCUGGCUAUCCCGGCAGACACGGCGCCCAGGGCUACCCAGGACCUCCGGGCAUCCAUGGACCUCCAGGAGUCAAAGGGGACACAGGUCCACGGGGAUUUAAGGGCAAUAAAGGAGAGGGCAGACCAGGAUACCCAGGGCCUCCCGGAGACACAGGGAUCCAGGGUCCUCGCGGCAGCGAUGGCAUUGGUAUUCCGGGUCCUCCGGGAAUCCCGGGCAAAUCCGGGGCUCCGGGCAUUCCGGGGAAGCAAGGUCCUCAAGGGCCGGCCGGCGUGUGCGACAUGUCCAUCUGCUACCAGUCCUAUAACCUCAGGGAUGAACGCUACAGUAAAGGGCCCGAUUUCUAACACACGCGUUCGAGCGAACACAUGGGCUCAGCUCUCGGACUGCCAGAAGCGCCGCAGCAAAUCCAGAGGAAUUUACUGACACGGCAUUGGACAUUGUCUGCGCAUUGCUAUGCUGCAAUGAAACAUCAGGGGCCUGUAGAUGAAUGACGGCCAUUAGAGUGAUAUUUAAAGACGUGAAACCUGCCUUUCGAUGCAAGAAGAAUCCGUAAACACCAUUAACACAAGAGUGUGUACGUAAGGUAAUUUGGAUUGAUGUUAAUGUCAUAAACAUUAAUAUUUAUCAUCAUUACUUAUGAACAUUAAUUAUUAAUGAAAUAAAUGGCUAUUUUGUUGCCAAACAAGGAACUUUGCAACAUGAUAGGAGAUGCAAUAAUAAAAGCAUUAGUGUGUUUGUGGUUUGGUACAAAUACAGAUAAAGAAUAAAUGGUUUUAUUACUUCAGGGACAGACUUAAUGUUUCUGUUUGCUUUUUGGCAAAGCUGUCUUUAGUUUUGUUUUUUAACUGUACUUGGCUGAGAAUCUUGGAUUGGACAGCUUUUUAAGACACAACAGCCAUCAUAUUUUCAUAUUUAAUUGAAUUACUAACUGUGCUUUCAAUUGCUGGCCAGGUUGACUUAAUGAAUAGCAACUGUUCUUCUGUUAUUGACAUAUUCGUGUAAUUUUUUAAUUUUUUGCACUGCCUGAGGGAAAGGUAAAUUCACACUAACCUCACUGAAUACAAUUCCAUUAAGUAAAAGGAACACAAAGCGUUAUAAUCAAAAUUAUUCAAUUUAUGUGUGUUCAGGAACUCAUAAUGGAUUUUAUUCUUUUCUUUUGGCAGUAAAAUAUUUAAGCUGUGUAAGGUACGACAUACAAAUCUGACAGAUGUAAUUAUUUUAAAUCUUGAUUUUGUGAAUCCAUACAAACUGCUAGUUACGUAAAUAUUUUCUUCCACUGAAAUCUUGAAUAAACUGAUAUCACAUUUUGGUUACACUUUAUUUUGAUAGUCCACUUUAGACAUUCUACUAUCUUUGAAACUACAUGUCAACUAAUUCUCGUUAAUUUGCAACUACAUGUCUACUAACUCUCAGAGCAGACUGUUAGGUUAGGUUUAGGGGUAGUACAAUAAGUUGACACAUACUUGCAAAGUUUAGAAGAGUGUCUACUAAGCAGACAGUCUACUAAUACUCUAAUGACUAGUUGACAUGCAGUUGCAAACUUACUUACUGUUAGUAAAAUGUCUAAAGUGGACUAUCAAAAUAAAGUGUUACCCCAAUUUUUUUUUUCUCAUAUAAUCUUUUACUCAAUGCUAAUUUGUUGUUUUAUUCACUUAUUGUAUUUUCAUUUCAGUUCAUAUAUCUUUAAAAGCUUGCUUUUUACACAAAU